CCACCCCAGUCUCUUUGAAUCGCGCCUCCUUUCUUUAUCCUAUCUGCCCGCCCUCGGCCCUCCUUGAAAUGUCUCUCGAAAUGAGCCUGGAUGAUAUUAUCAAACAGAAUAGAAUUUCCAUACGAGGUACAGGCCGACAGCGCGGACGAGGAGGUUCUACCCUUCGUGGUGUUCGUCAGGGUAGGAUAGUUCGCCGCAAUUCCGGCAGAGUGGUACCUAGACGAAAUAUGGCUAAUCGUUGGCAGCAUGACCUUUUCCAAGAAAGAAGACCCACACAGGGCCCAGCUAAACUGAUGAUUUCUAAUCUGGAUUUUGGUGUCAAUGACAGCGAUAUUAGAGAAUUAUUCCAAGAAUUUGGCCCAAUGCGAAGAGCGGCAGUACAUUACGAUAGAAGCGGCCGCUCUCUGGGGACUGCUGAGGUUGUAUACCUCAACCGCUUGAGUGCUAUCAAAGCCCAAAAUCGUUACAACGGUGUCCCUCUUGAUGGUCGGCCAAUGAACAUCCAGCUUGUUGGCGGCGCAGGCGAGUUGGUGGAAGUCGAGCCGUCAGCAGCCAGGGAUCCACCGACUGUUCUGCGCGAGCACCGUCCAUUCUCCCGGCGGGUUGAUGCGUGCCAAUUUGUUGCUACUGACGCCACCGCCACUCCUGACGGAGUCAACACGGCUGCAUCUGUGAACAGAAUCAGCUAUAAUACUGCAGGCCGCAGGCCAGCCAACAGGAGAGGCGUCUCUGGUCCGUUUUCCGGUCGCGGUGCUGGCAGAGGCCGCAGGGGCCGUGAAGAAAAAGUUGUUCCUACAAAGGAAGAGUUGGAUGCCGAACUGGCAGCCUACAAUGCCCAGCGAUCCUGA